UCGGGCUCCCACUGCCCGGCGCCGCCGCCAUUUUGGUGCUCGGCUCUAAGAGGGGAGGGAGCCCGUAGAAGAAAGCGGGAGCCCGGCGCUCUGCCCCUCCCGUUUCCCCUGGUCCGGCUUUAAGGCUCCGUAGCCGGAUACUCCUCGCCACCUUCUCGGGCCGCUCAUCUUUGCCGCUCGCCGCCGCUCCUCGCAGCUCUGCCCGGGCCUGAGAGAGGCGGGAAGGAAGGAUGCUGCCCCGCACACCGCGCCGCUGAGCACAUCGGGGCCCUGAGCGCCGCGUCUGGCCGGCCCCGCCCGGCCGAUCCUCGGGCCUGAGCGGCACGGGGCUUCCAUCUCCGCAUCUCCCGUCCCCGAGUCGCCCAUCCGCCGGGCUGGGCGCUUCCUCCUCGCCCCCGGCCCUGCCGCCCGCCCGUCCGGGCCUUCCCUUUCCCCGGCUCUCCUCCUGCGGGGCCUCCGGGCUCUCGGCCUUCUUCCUCCCCUCCCUCACCCUUCCCCGGCCGGAGCCAUGUCUUCCGCCGCCCGGUUCGAUUCGUCGGACCGCUCCAGCUGGUACGUGGGCCCGGUGUCGCGGGCGGAGGCGCAGACGCGGCUGCAGGGGCAGCGGCACGGCAUGUUCCUGGUGCGGGACUCGUCCACCUGCCCGGGGGACUACGUGCUGUCGGUGUCCGAGAACUCCCGGGUGUCCCACUACAUCAUUAACUCCUUGCCCAACCGCCGCUUUAAGAUCGGCGAUCAGGAGUUCGAGCACCUGCCCGCCCUGCUGGAGUUCUACAAGAUCCACUACCUGGAUACCACCACCCUCAUCGAGCCCGCGCCCAGGUAUCCAAGUCCACAAAUGGGAUCUGGAUCAGCCCCUACUAUGUCUGCUGCCGAAGAAAACGUGGAAUACGUUCGGACACUCUAUGACUUUCCUGGCAAUGAUGCUGAGGAUCUCCCAUUUAAAAAGGGUGAAAUACUGGUAAUUGUAGAGAAGCCAGAAGAACAGUGGUGGAGUGCCAGAAACAAGGAUGGUCGGAUUGGGAUGAUUCCUGUUCCUUAUGUAGAAAAGCUAGUCAGAUCUUCUGUCGGGAAACAUGGGAACAGAAAUUCCAACAGUUAUGGUAUUCCAGAACCUGCCCAUGCUUAUGCUCAGCCUCAGACCACAAGUCCCCUUCCCACAGUAUCCAGUACACCCGGAGCAGUGAUCAAUCCUCUGCCAUCCACGCAGAAUGGACCAGUCUAUGCCAAAGCUAUCCAAAAGAGAGUACCCUGUGCUUAUGACAAGACUGCACUGGCAUUAGAGGUUGGAGAUAUUGUGAAGGUUACAAGGAUGAAUAUAAACGGUCAGUGGGAAGGAGAGGUCAACGGGCGAAAAGGGCUCUUCCCAUUCACACAUGUCAAAAUCUUUGACCCUCAAAACCCAGAUGAGAACGAAUGAUUCCCUUGAUCUGAUUUACACUGCUGCUUCCCUUUCCUGGCUCUCAUUAGUGUUGUUUGAGGUGGGAUGAUGGCUAAAUGGCACAUUGCUAGCAUUGCCCAUUUUUCCAGCUUGCUGCAGUUUGACAGUUCUUUUAAUACACAUUUGGAAUACAUACAAACUGAAGUCACUGCCUGACCUUCAUACCAUAGAUACAGCAACCAGAAUUUGGUUUCACUUUUAAAACUGUAUUGGGCCUUAAGCUGGAGAAGACUGAAGCAAAUAGCAGACAAGCAUGGGAAGAAAAUCCUUCUUCUUGAAACUUCCAUGGACUUGUUCUGGCCUGCUCAGUAGGAAGAGCCCUAUCAUAGAGCAAACAUGCAACUCGUCUGUUACUGUCCAACAAAAAGCAACAACAAAAAUGCAAUUUUAGGACUGAAGAAAACUUAGUUUUAAGAAAACCUGCCCUAAGGUAGUACACUUACAAUGAUGGUCUCUUAAAAGGACAUUAACUGAAGCUUACGUAUUCUAAGCAGUUGCAUUAGAAGCUGCUCAUUCUGGUUAACUCUUAAGCUUGUUGACCUUCCUGGAAGUGUGUGUUAAAUACAAAUAACCAUUGGUUGAGCUGCAUUGAAGCUGAAGCAUUUAUUUAUAAGGAAGCUUAGGAGGGGUUCACACUUGUAACCCAUUUCUGACAUAAAGUAUUUCUGUUGAUUUUGCAAGCACUAACUGUAAUAAGUGAGCGUUAAAGGGAAACACUUUGACCUGGUCUACACAGAGCCCUUCUGCAGUGUUGGAAGUAGAGCUUUACUAAUGUAGUAAUGCUUGUCACCCAGCUGUUAUUUGGUAGGCAGAUGGAUCAGAUUGUUACAGCAUGAAGAAGUACAAAAGGAACAGGACAGAAGACAUUGGUAAAUACUGAUAAAUUCUUACUAUUUAAACAUAAACCUUUUAUACCUGUUUCUCUAUAGUCUCCCUUAUUGCUCUCAAGUUUCCUGGCUAUACCUGCCCCAACUUGCUGAAGGCUUUGAACACAGUACCUUUUUCUCCAGGGUAUCUCCACGUUGCCGUGCUCCUCUUCCAGAAGUUCUUUCUUCUUUCAUUUUCUUCCCCUCACAUCACAAGUCAUUCACAUGCUGCAACCUUUCACCUUCCAAAGGAGUUGGCUCUGGCUUAUAUACAUAUGCCCCAGACCCCUCCUACUCUCAGCUUCCUCUAGAAAGUGGUUAAUUGGAGUCAGCUGCCAAAGGUUUUACACCUGAUAAUUAAAGUUCAUGCUGGAGGAGGCCACACAGGUGUCUCUUAUCAAUACAGCUUUCUCUCCCCUUUUCUGUACAAAAGCUGUACUGUUGUAAUUGCACCUUUGGUAAGGAACUAUAUGGCUGUAGCUAUGUGAGUCUUAUCAAUGCCACGCUGGUCAAGUUCUUAACCUGUUUACGGGAUAUGAAAGUUUAGGGACAGUAGUAUCUUCUACCUUCUUUAAAUGUGUUUUCAAGGUGAACUGGAACGUAUUUUUUAAAUGAUUUGAGCACCAAUUGAACAGAAUACAGCCUGGAUAAAGAAAAGCAUCUGCUGCAGAAAACCAGGGAUAUCUGACAGGAAAACAGUAGUGCCCCAAUGCAUUCAUUUCUCAAUAUCUGAAGCUAUCCAUUGUAGCAAAAAGAGAAACCUCAGACACCCGCAGAACCUUCCUGCUUCUUAUAAAUGUCAGUUUGAUCAUUGUCUUCAGAUCCAGUGCAUUUUCUUACUGAUUGUGUCACUUGAUCCUCAUAAAAGUACAUUGUUCUCACUCAGCUGAAAGUACCUUGAAUGGAAGACACUGAAGAAGUGUAAGAAUAGCAUUUCCAACAAGAGAUGUAAAAUGCUGUUGUGUUUGUUUUUUUAAAGAAACUCGGUUCAUCUGUUAGUUACCUUUUGUAGUAUUAAUCAAGUGGCUGACAGUCUAGAAGUUCUUGUAGAGCAUUUUAUUACAAAAUUAACUGUGAAGUAGAGUAGCAUUGACUGAAGUGUUUGGUGCUGUAAGAGUAAUUCUUGACAAUAGGCAUCGACAGGUUGUCUUGCAACAAAAACCUAUGCAGCUCUUAACUAAAGGAGGUCAUGAAUUUCUGUGCCCCGACUCCACCUGUACGUUUACUCCAUGGAUUGUACUACUGAAAAGUCAUCUUGUGAAUACAGCAACUGCACUAAGCUCGGUCUGCUGCAGAGAAACCUUACUUCAGACGUGCCCUAUUUCUGGGCAGCUCUUCAGACUGGUUGUGGAAUUCCUCCUUUGCAUGUCCAAGUCGGUAAAUAAAUACUGUGAGAUUUGAGAUCUUGAACGUAGCUUUUAACCUGUUGUUUUAUUCAUGAAACUAAGCGUCCCGCCUCAUCUCCUCAUUGGAUGAGGUGUACACCUCCAACAUGUGCAUUGUUUUAGGUUUAAUUAUGUUCUGACAGUGCAGAUUUGCCUUCAAAACUAUGCAAAAAAAUGGUGUGUAGUGGCAUCUGAUGCAAAGAAAAGGAUUCUUAGCUUCGUGUGAAGCAGAUUGUGGGCCCCAGAUGAGCAGUAUUUGAGCAGUAUUUCUCUGUUCCAGCAGUCGGUGAUGGUAGGCAUGGUUGAAACGUAGCACACUGCCCAACCUGCGCCGAUGGGAACCUUUGCUUCAAAUCAUGGCUUUGCCAUUCUGCUACAAGACAAAUGUUUUCAUACAGAGACUGCGUCUGGUCCGUGUGUUUCUCUGAAGGACUGUCUGGCUUCUCAGUCGCUCGCUGCCGUCUGCUGCUUUCCGAAGCCUCUUCCAUUUGGGCAAUAACCCAUCAAUGUAAAUUAACGCUCCUUGGGAUGUGAGGUGUGUGAGCAACGCCUUCCAUCUGCCACCACCCAAUGGUUGGUGCUGUUGAACCAGCAGCCGUUCAUUGGUGGUGCCACAAUAGCUGUCCAUCAUGAAGGCUCACGUGUGUGCGCACUGAAGCCGCUGAGCAGCCUGAAAGUUUCAAUGCAAACUGUUUCAAUCCGUGUCCGUCACUGGAUAAGCGCUAAUUUAAUUCAUGAUUGUUUACAAAUUGGAAAGCAGAAACAAAAGGGAAUGUCCUGUCUGGGUUGAGGCUCCAAAGAGCCUGAGUGUUAUUUUUGUAAAGGGAAUAACAGCAUUCGUUGUGCCAUUUCAUGUGCCUGGAAUUUUUUUAUAUGAUAUUGACACCCUGGGAACGAGUGGGCUGCCUUGGUUUUCUAGUCCAGUUUUUGAGCAUCUUUCUCAAUCCCUGCAUCUGAAAGCGAGACCUGCCUAAAGAACUGCCCUUGGGGACCAGUGAGAGCAUCGUCCAGCUCCUCCUCUGCUGUUGUGUCACGUGGAAAUAAUGCAUUUCUGGGACAAGGAUCCAAUGAUGGCAGUGGGAAAGGUGGCCUUGUAUUUGAGACAGUCUUCACUGUGUAAACUUUAAAACACAAGAUGUAAUUUAAAGACCAUGAUCUUCAGGCAAUAAUAUUAAAGUGUAAGCUUUGAAAGUUUAUUUUGGGGAUCACAGCUUGGUUUUUUGGUUUUGUUUUUGUUUUUUUUUUUUUUGGUUGGUUUUUGGUUUUGUUUUUUUGGGUUUUUUUUGUGCUACAAAAUUAACAGUAUUAAAUGAAUUAUAUUCUUAGAAUAAUACGGAGUGUCUUUUCUUAAGAUUAGUGCCUUUUUAAUUUCUUACUCCACUCCACAGAGCUGGUCCCAACAUCGAAGCCGCUGUUGUUUCCUUUCCCAGUCCCUGCUUGUACAGUCUCAAUAAAAGUUGCCUCAACUUCCA